AUGUUGGCUUUAGUAGCUAUCUUAAUUUCAAUGAUCACUAUCAUAUAUGGUCGAAUUCUGUUGUAUAAUACAGAAAAUAAAUCGAUUGUUGAAAAAUUUGAUUGUGUUUAUUAUGUAACUGAUGAUGGGCAAGAAAUUCCAUAUUGUCAACGUCUUCGUGCCACUCAACGUAUCGAUCAAAAUUGGAAUGAAUGUCAGAAUCAAGGCGAGAAAAUGUCAUUUCAUGAUCUAAUCAGUAAGAAAAUCGAACCAAAUGAAGUUCUUACAUGGAGCUCAAGCAUUGAAAUGGUUGAUAUUUAUGCCGGUAUCUUUUAUAACGAAUCAUUAUUUGAAGAUAUUGAUCACCAAUUUCUUUGUAAAUGUAUCAAACGAGGAACAUUCGGAAAGUAUUGCCAGUAUGAAUUGACACAUGAAACAAUAAAAUUUAGUCAAGCCAUUGAUAUUCAAUUUAAACAAAAAGAAACUGGUGAUCCAUGGAAUACUCAAAGAUAUGGAAAGAUUCUUUGCUAUGAAACAUUGCCUUUACAAUUCUAUGGACUCUGUCUCGAUUGGCGAGAUAUUUGCGAUGGUAAUCCACAGUAUUUCAAUGGUCUUGAUGAAGAGAAUUGCGACAAGUUAGAAUUCAACGAAUGUGAAGAUGAUGAGUUUCGAUGCACAAAUGGUAUGUGUAUUCCGGAAGAAUUCUGGCUUGAUGGCUAG